GACGUGACAGAUUUUCUGCAGGUACGUGCCCUCACCGGUGAGGUUUCUUGUUAUUGGACCUUCCUAGGAACACCCUGGAGGCGCCAAGAUCAUCCUCAAGUAUGCUGGUCGAGAUGCGACGAGCGCAUACGUCCCCAUCCAUCCCCCCGACGCACUGGAAAAGAACCUCCCCCCGUCGAAGCACCUGGGACUUCUGUCGGUCCACGCUGCGAAAACAGUCGCAGACACGCAGAAGAAUCGCAAGAAGACAAAGGAUGAAUUGCGCGUCGAAGGAGCGCUGGCUCAGCGUCCACCGUUGAAUCGAAUCUUGAAUUUGACGGACAUGGAGGCAAGCCGGUCUGUACUGGCUUGCGUAUUCUUACUAAUAUUUGGGAAGCGAGUUGCACGGAAUGUUCUGUCACACAAGGCAGAGGCAUAUUACGCUUCUGCUGCAGAUGACCACAUCACAUUCGUGGAGAACGCGCGCGCGUUCUCGCGUUUCUUCUUCAAUGCCCGGGUCAUGAAGCCCGUCGGUACAUGUGACCCGUCGACGACUAUCCUCGGUUUCAAGUCAUCCAUUCCGGUGUUCGUGUCGGGUGCGGCGCUGGCGAAGCUAGGUCAUCCUUUGGGUACGUGGCUCAUGUUUCUGCUCCACCACGAAUUCAUCAGUUUUUAGGCGAGGCCAACAUUGCGAAGGG